AAUUUAUAGGGAAAAUGAUUCAGCCUCAGAAAUUGGAGCAGCAAAGUUAUGAAACAUUCAAUAAAGCAUAUCUUAAGUCAAAACAACUUGUAACAGAAGGUGUUUCGAUAGAUGAAAUAUCAAGUAAUGAUGAUGAACAAAAGAAGCGGACAGCAAUGGCGAAAUACCGUAUGGGUAUUGAAUAUUUUGAAAAAGCUUUAAAAAUAUCACCAGAUAGAGUGCAUCCCGAGAAACGGGGUGAAGUUGAGACACAUCGUGAAGCAAUGAGACGAAAUUUGGAAGCAACAAAGGAGAGACUCGGUGAUUUAGAAAAAAUGUUCCCAUCGACAGGGACUCGAAAUUUACAGCGUAGACCUGUUCAGUUUGUUUCACCUUCAGUUAGCAAACCGCAAACAGCCCGACUAUCUGGUAGGCAGAUCACUUCCGAAGAGAAAAGCAUCAAUCAUUUGAAUGUUCGUACUCGAAGCAGUCUCCUAAAAGGUGUCGAUGACAAAUUUGGUGAACCGUUGCUGAAUGAAAUUCUGAAUCGAGAUGACGUAAGAAUGAACGAUAUUGUAGGCGCUGAAACAGCCAAACGGGCCUUGGAAGAAACGGUUAUUCUACCAACUGUUAAUCCAUCUUUAUUUUCUGGUCUUCGUCAACCUGCGCAGGGAAUUUUACUAUUUGGUCCACCCGGGAACGGCAAAACAUUACUGGCUCGUGCUGUAGCUGCAGAAUGCGGUUCAACGAUGUUCCUAAAUGUUUCAGCAGCUUCAUUAACCUCGAAAUGGGUUGGUGAUGCUGAAAAAAUUGUUCGCGCGUUAUUUCAAAUUGCUCGUAAUGGGCAACCAACAAUCAUAUUCAUCGAUGAAAUUGAUUCUAUUCUUUGUGAGCGCAGUGAGAAGGAAACUGAGGUUUCAAGGCGUAUGAAAACGGAAUUUCUAAUUCAAAUGGAUGGUAUAUUGUCGUCAAAAGAUGAUCGUUUAUUGGUGAUUGGUGCAACGAAUCGUCCUGAGGAACUCGAUUCAGCUAUUUUGCGCCGAUUUCCAAAGCGAAUUCUCAUCGAUGUACCAAAUGCAGCAGCGCGCCUUAAACUAAUCAUGUCAUUACUCGAGAAAACAAAAACAUCAUUUGACCUAGGUCUUGCACAAAGGCAAAAUCUGGCGGAACGAACGCAUGGAUACUCCAAUUCGGAUCUGGUUGCACUUUGUCGCGAAGCAGCAAUGGUACCAAUUCGUGAUCUGUCACGUAAAGAUAUAAAAAAUUUGGCCAGCACGGAAAUUCGCCCAAUAACAUUGCACGAUUUUGAAGUUGCAAUGAAAGCUAUUAAGCCUUCAACAAAUGAACGGAUGUUACAGAAGUUACGAAAAUAUGCGGCAACAGCUGGACAGUCCGAUUGAAGUGGCAUUUAUGUAAAAACAUGCAACUUGUCGAUCUUUUUUUUUCCUCUCUACUAACCUUUACACUAUAAUUUGUGGAGCCUGUGAAUUUUUAUAUUUAAAAGGCAUAUGUACACGAUAUUAUUUGCAUCUUGCUGAUUAUUUGGAUAUUUUCUCACUUAUUUGGAUAUUUCUAAUUAAGUUAGGAAGUUGAUGAAU